UUAUUAUCCAUAUAUAUUUUAUUUUCCGUUUCACAUUUCGCUUAAUUUGUUUACGCGUACGUCGUUCGUCGUUCGUUCUUCGUUCGUCUGGUGUGAAUAAUAUAAUAAUAAGCUCGUAGAUACUUUGAGUGACGCAGCAGCCCAAUCAAAGUGGAAUCACUUAAACAGCAUUAAUUGUGCGUGGGCCAAGCCCCAUUUAAUAACCAUUACCCCGAAAAAAAAUACUCGUCAGAUUGGCCAUCUUAAGUGCAUCGGAAGCCCAGAGAGUGUGUGUGCGUGUGUUUUGUUAGUGUCCGAUACGAACAAAGGAACAAAAGUUCCUUUUGACAUCGAACUUUUUGGAUUAUCUAAUACGCAAUCUGUUUUGGGAGAGAAAACUUACGCAUCAAGCAUAACAACAUUUAUAAAUAGCGGAAAACUACGAAGAAAUCAAAAUGAAAAGUGCAGCAUAGAAAACAAAACCGAAGGAGAUCCAAACAAAAUGUGCAACCAAUCAAUGGAGUUGAACCCCUUAAAAAAAAGAGCCAAUAACUAAAAAUAUAUAGAAAAGAGUGAGCGAAGCCAAAAAGAGACUCUGCCAAGAACUUGGCAACAUCGCAGCGUUGGUCCGCAGAGGACUGGCCAAAAAUAAACCGGCAGCAACAUUCGCUUGCAACUAGAUGUUGUUGCUGUUGCUCGCCUUCAUCAUGCGAUUCGUAGACAUUUCCAAACGCUGUGCGGCCUGCUCCAGGGCCGGAAUCGAUUGCCCGCACAACGGCAGCAGCAACAACAGCGAUGCCAACGGCAACACUGCCUGCUGGCAACAUGUUGCCGGUGCCACCAGCAACAGCAGCAGCACCAGCAGCGGCUGCGACAGCAACAGCUCCUCCAAGGAGAAUUACUACGUGCCACAACAGCAGCAACAUCGUCUGAGGGCAAAGCCCACUAGCAACAUUGGCGUGACCCCGCAGCAACUGGAGCAGAUACGCUUCUACCAGCGCAUGCAGCAGCAGCAAUUGCAACUGUUGCAGCAGCAAUUGCUGCAGCGGCGACGUCUGCAACAACAAUUGCUCCAACAGGGCGUGCCAUCGCCUCCCGCGACAACAAUUACUUCAGCGGGCCUCACAUGCAAUCAACAGUAUUUGCGACAGCAGCGACUGCAGCAGCAACAGCAGCAGCGAUAUGUGGACCACAACAGCAACAGCAACAAUGACAAUGACUAUCUGAACAACUAUCUUAACAACAAUAUUAACAAUCAAAACAAUGGCAAAGUUGUGGGCCAAGGAACCAAACUUCGACGUGGCAUGACAGAAUUCUCAACAAACAACGAUCACGGCAAACCGCAUUUCACCGCAUCUCAGCAGAAACCGCUUCAGAACUCACCAAUUCACCAGCAAGCAUUCACCCCAUCCAAUCCCAACUCUCACCCACAUUUGCUUCACCGCUUGGCCCAACAGCAACAGCAACAGCAGCAGCAUCAACACCCACAUAAAUUUCAGCAGACCCUGCCCUUCAGCCAGCUAAACAACGGCAACAACACGGCUGCCCACAUACUGCCCGGAUCAUCGCCACAUUCCCCGCUCAGCUACCGGAAUCCGCUGAACAGUCCCAGCAACUCGCCGUUCAGCAACACGGCGCAGACGACGACGACGAUUGGGAAGCGGUACCAGCAGCAACAGCUGACCGAUCGCCUGCUGCAGCAGCAACACCUGCAGCAGUGCCAGCAGCAGCAACUGCAAUCGCUGGGCAGCGAUGCGGAGGAGGAUGCCGCCGGCGAGGAACUGAGCGAGGAAAGUCUCAAGCAGAAUGUGGCCAUUGUGCUGAGCAACUUGGAUCGCUACAACAACGCGUUGCGGAGCAUCAUCCUGAAUGAGCAGGUGAGCAGCAGCAUCAUCACUCCCAGCGACAGUCUACUGUUUGGCGAGGAUUCGGGCGGUCUGCUCUAUUGCGACAACGACAACGCCAGCAGGAAGCACCAGGGCAACAAUAACUUUCUUCUGGGCAAGAUGGCAGCCACACCGGAGUCGGACUACAACAGCAAUGCGACCACGCCAGGCGCUCGCAGCAACGAGCAACAGUUGCAGCAGCAGCAGCAGCAACAACUUGGGGUAGGUGGGAUGCUUUGUGGUGGUGGCGGGAUGCGGGAAACUACUAAUGGCGGUGGCAACAAUCUCAACUGCUCGUUGGCCUCGUCGCACGACUUUACUCACGACAAUUCCGAUUACCAGUGGUUCCUGGACUACGGCUAUCGAGAUGGCUGUGGCGGCAUGCAGCGCAGCGUGUUGAGUUCCCUCUCGGCCUCGUACAACGCCAUGGGGGACCUGAUCUACUACGAGGAUCUGGCCAAGAAUCUGGAUGCCAAUCUGGCCGAGGUGGAUAUGGAGAGCUUUCGGGCCGAGGACAUACAUUCCCUGCUCUCGCAACUGCCCGCUUAUUGCAAGAGUCUGGGCGGGGCCAACAGUCGUCUGCAGCAAUCGUUGCUCCUUCAGCAGCAGCAGCAGCAACAGCAGCAGCAGCAGCUGCAACAGCAACAAAUAUUGCACUGUAGUAACAUGUUGCCGCACAACAUGUCGCAGACGUCGACCACCUCCACCAACGAACUGAUCGACAACUCCUUCUGCAAGUCGGAGCUGCUUUUUUCGCCGGUGCGGGAAUCGCACAUCUCGGUGGACUCACUGGACAUGGACGCCUAUCCGGAUGACGGCGAGAUCAUACUCACCUGCAACAAGGACAACUACACGAUCGCCUUCGAGGGCAGUGUGCUCUACUCGGACGACAGUUUCUAUGCGGAACCAAGUGACAUUGCCGCCAGGAACAAACAGAACUGCAUCAACUUGCACAGCAAUCUGGAGGACAUUGUGAAGCGCAACAAGGCCCUGGAGGUAUCCAUGUCGCGUUCGGCCCAGGCCUUCCAGCCCCUCUGUCCCAAUUCGCCCAGGGGACAGGCGGCCACAGCGGCAGCAGCUAAUCUACAGCGACGCUCGUUAUUUCUUGUUUCGCCCGCCCGCAGGUAUCCCUCUGGGAACAACAACACGGAGACCAUCACCCUGACCCGACACCUACCACAGUGCUCCGUGCGCAAGAGCAGCAGUCUGCCCAAUCUGCAGAGCGAGGAGUCCAUGGCGGGCAGCUGCCCGGAGGAGCAGCCAUCGGGGGCAUGUGGUCAGCCAGCGGUGGCGCCACUGAACGUCUCCCAGGCGAUCAGCACCUCGACCAUGGAGUCGUGCAAGUCGCGGUCCAGGAAUCUGCUGCCCAUGUGCCAGAUGCCCAUAUCGAUCAGUGUGUCCGUUUCGGAGCGACUGCAGCAGCAGGCCCAGGAUCAGCAGGAGGUACCCAUUCAGCAGUUCACACCCACAUCCCAGCAGCCACAACAGCAGCAGCUGCAACAGCUGCACCACCACUCGCACCACCACCGCCACAAGCAGCGGUGCAGUUGCUCGCAGGAGAGCCAGAACUUCCAUAUUUCCGGAUCGGCCUCCUCGGGCAACUCAUCCAAUCCGCCGGCCUUCAAUCUAGUCAAGUUGUUCAUCAAGCAGAAGAGCACCAACAGCAGUGGCGGCCAGGAGGACUUGGGGGCCCAGGCCAGUGCGCACACCUGCAUGGACGUCUCCUCCGGCUGCUGGCCCUCCAGCGAUGCGGCCAGCUCGAGCAGCGGAUCCCUGGAGCAGCGGCUGCGCAAGAAGAGUAUGAACGACUCGGGCAAGGGAUCGGCAGUGAGUCGCCACGACGAGGAGGAGCACUAUGCGGAUACGGAGACGCCGCGGCGGCAGCUGAGGGCCCGAUCCGAGGCAGUGUUCUACGAGGACGUGGCCACGUCCAGUUCGACGGGCUCGUUGACAGCGACCAACUCACCGGCGCAUCGUCGUCGCAGCAUGCCGCUACGCAAUCCCCAGCUGUACCAGCUGGCCGCACAGGUGUCCACCGGCAGUCAGUUGUCCUCGGCGGCCAGCACGGAGCAGCUGACCCAGGUGCCACGGCGAGCGGAGGCGGGCUGUGGGUCCAGCACUCGUCCAUUGUCGUGUGCCUCCAGCUCCGAGAUGAUCACACGCUCGAUGCAGACAUCCUGCGGAUCUCUGAGCACCACCCGGAGCAGCCUGAGCGAUCGCUAUCGCUGUGUGCCACCCUCGUUCCUCGAGAAACUCAACAACCUGGGCGAACAGCGACAGGCGCCCAUUUACGUGAUCUAUCCGAACUAUGCCCUGCCCGAUUUGGGAUUCGUGAAGACCAAUGCCAGCACUGAGGUGAUCUUCUCGCCCUUCAACUACAAGAUGACGCUGGAUGGAGCUGGAUCUGGAGCCGGUAGCACCAGCAGCUCGGGAUCGCUGAAGAAGCAGCGCAGCAACAACCAGAGCGUGAGCGAGGAUGAGAUCCUGAAGACGCUGGACUACAAGCACAUUGCCGACUGGCAGUCGCUGGCCACGCUGCUGCCGACGGAGUACCGCCGGCGGCUGCAGCACAUUCCGGAGGUGAAGCAGCUGGUCAGGCAGCUGGAUGCGGAGUUGUCACAGCGUCCGCUCUUCUGCAUGUCGCCACCGCUGCGCCGGAAUCGCACGCACAUCUGUGACUGCGCCAAGUACUUCCAGGAGCAGGGUCAGGGCCAAGGGCAGGGGCAGACCCAAAUGGACGAGGCCUCCAGCUCGGGUUCGAGUCAGCCGCCCAGCUCCGGCUACCGUGGCUCGUCCACGCUGCUCACCGACUCCGAGCUGGAUGUUGAUCCGCUGAAGCAGAUGUACGUGUACCAGUACGAUCAGCAGCGCAUGGAUUCGGGCGUGGAAACGAGUCCCGGCAGUCAGUUGACCCCCAACCCGCCGCAGCCCAUGCCGCGGAGCAUCCUGCGAAAGGCUCACUCCGCGCAGGCCCGCAACAAGCGCAAUUCCAUGAUCGAGGCCCAGCAGACGCAGAAGCUGAGCAAGCUGGAGAAGCGUCGCAGUCUGCAGGAGCCGCCGCACAACUACGCACUGGGCUCCAACGACGAACUGGCCGAUGUCUUCGAGGAGGAGGAGCACAGCCAGCAGCAGGAGCAGCGUGAGCAGCCGGUGAAGCAGAGGCUUUCCCGCAAGGAUCUGGAUGCCAGGGCUCGGGCCGAGAACUUCCUGGCCUCGUUGCCGCGCUCUGAGCUCAAGUACUAUGCCGAGAUCGCCUCCAUCCUGGAGUCCUCCGGCGAGCAGGUGGCUUACGAUGCCGCCGCCCUCAAGAAGGAGGUGAGCCGUGUGCUGAGCCAGCAGAAGAAGGUGUCCUUCAAUGACGAGGGUGUGGCGGCCGGACUGCAGCCGCAUGCCAAACGCUUUGCCACUCCCCCCAACUCCCCCAACAUCUCUGUGGCGACGCUGAAACGCGAUACAUUGGACGUGCUGGAGCAGCGCAAGAUCGAGAGCAAUCGCUUCAAGCGCCUGCAGAUCCAAUGGGAGUUGAUGAGCAAGGACUCCAGCAUGCUGAAGGAGCUGGCCAGCGAGGCGGCCACCAAGAGCGGCGGCUCCACGCCCACCUCCGUGAAUUCGACGGGCUCCAACUCGGCGCCAAGGUCAAGGAUUCCACGGCCAGUGAGCUACCCAGCGGGCAGAAGUUCCACGCCCACUUCAUCACGUACUGCCCCCGUUAUGGCCACGCCCUCACCGGCUCGGCCCGCCACCCCCAAGACUGUCACUAAAAGCCACAACAAACCCGGUCUUUUUACCUCCCCCCGCCCAAGCAGGCUCACCAGCGCCCAGGAAGCAGCCGGCGGCUCCAAGGUCAGCACUCGAUCGCCCAGCAGGAUGGUGCAGCCGAAGCGUUACAGCCUGGCCGGCACGACCACGCCCACUUCCGCCACACCCGCUUCGGCCAGGGCGCGUACGCCCACCAAUCGAGUGGCGGUCACCGCGCCAAAUACGCCCAAACGUCAGGCGGUUACCCCAUCGCCCAGACCCACCUCGCGAGUGCGUUGAGCGUCCACACGAGUCCAAGCGUCCAAGUCAUCCCAAUUAGUCAACGGCAGACAACAGACAGCAAACCCCAAACACCCCAAGAAACAAAAAAACAAAAAAAGGACAAAAAAGAAAACAUAUUCAAAACAACAAACAAUGCAACAUUGUAAAAUUCUAGACUAAGGCUUUGUGUGCGGCUCGAUUGCUUAGUUACUGUUGGCCCGGAAGUGAUAUUAAGAUGGGAGAGCAGGGAUCAGUGAUUAGUGAUCAGUGAUUAGGGAUCAGGGAUCAAGGAGCGAGAACUGAUAGCGAGAUGUGCUGGUAUCUUUUGAUUGAUUUUGUUGUCCUCAUUUGCGUUGAGCAGACGUCUGCGAAAAGUAGCUAAAUUUUCUUUUUUUACAAGUAUAUAUAAUGAAAUCUAUACAUAUGCCAAGUACGCGUAAAUUAAACAAAUAUUUUGAUGUAUAUACACACACAAACGGUAUACAAACAUAUAUGCGUAGACUCGCUUUUCCACUAGCUACUCAAAAUGAAAUGAAAAAGAAAACUUUGCUACCCACAGGAAAAAGUACUAAAGUGUAUAAAAUAUUUUCUAUACCCUAUGCUAAAAGGCAUAUACAGUCAAUACUCGAGCAGCAGCAACCACAGUAGUGGUCUACAAUACACAAAUUACUUGAAUCAUACCAAGCUGGGCAGAAAAAUAAGAUAAAUUGGGUACCCAUAUACAAUAAAUGAAAAGCUCAAGAGCGGAUCCAAUCGAUAUUACGCCCCGGGUGCAUUAGAAUAUACUUAUUUUGUUGCUUUUUCAUGCUCACGCUGAUCCUCUCCUAAAUUGAAAAAAAGGAGAAUAUUAAGGAAAGAAUUUUCCAUAUGGCCUUUAAAUCAUAAGCGAUUGGUUACAGAAUGCUUCGCAGUUUUUAAUUUGGAUUUACUUGCAAACUCAAUUUAUGUUUGCGUUUUAUGCUGGGACUUUCUUUUCGUUUAUAACGAGCUUAUGCUGUUGAGCCCUGGCUCAAAAGUGAUUUCAAAUUGUACGAUAUAUGUUUACCGCUAUACCUACUAUUAAUCUUACUAUUCAUUUGUAUCUAUUUAAUGCCUAUCACUCUGUCUAUGACAUAACUUUAAUUGGUUAUUUAACUGCUGGAAGACAUCGUCUAUUUUAUAAGUCAAACACUUUCUAUCCUUAAUUGUAUAGCUAUUCUUAUUGUAUCAUGUACAAGCAGAAGAAACACAUAUUAUAGAUUUGCGGGAGAAUUUAUCACCAAAUGGAUAUGCGGGAGUAUAUUAUGUAUUAAACCGAAAAUAAAAAAUGUAUAAAAAUACAAAAUCAAUAAAAA